CAAUCCAUUUUAUUUUACUAGAUUUUCUUCAAGAAUGUUUCCAAUGGUGACCGAGUCUCGCUUUGCGGGAUUAACAGGGUUCAUAAAAAACCUCCUGCAGCAGGAGAACCCGACAGACGUCAGCAACCUCAUCACCCAGAUAUACAAGGAAAUGAAGACUCUAGAAGAGGAUGGAGGUCGGGGUCCUCUAGAUCCUCAGAUGGAAGAAUAUGCCGUUGAACUCUGGAACUGGGGAGUCACAAAGAGGGGAGAAGAAGCCAUUACCGAGAUGGAGCGAUCUAUGGUGCGUCAUGUGGCCUGUAACCUUGCUUGCUGGUGUGAGGGAUCUAACCAAUUAGAGACAUCGUUAGAAAGGAAUUCUUUGAUGGCCAUGAAAACGGGAAAGGGUUGGAUAGACGUUGGAAAGCCGGAGCGGGCGAAUGUAUUUCUUGAAAUCGCCUUGAAUAGUCUAGAAAAGCUUUAUUCCAUGAAGAUUCAGAGAAGCGCUCUGGACACAGAUAUGAACUCCCACAAAGACUGGGUGGAGGCGGAAGUCUUCAAAGUGCUGACCUAUCAGACGGAGGCUGCCGUGGCUCAGAAGGAUUUCCAGGUCGCUUCGUCGAGGAUUCAGAGAUGCAAAGACAUGCUGCUGACGCAACCGAACAAGGCGCCUCUCCUGUCCAUCUUGUGUUACAAUUGUGGAGUGGAGAUGUACGAAGGUAAAGAGUAUGAGCAGAGCACCUUCUGGCUGAGGCAGAGUUGUGACAUCAGUAAGGCCGACGUGCGAUACACCGCAGGGGACGAGAUGGAGGCCAAAGUGCUGCGGCUGCUGGCGACAGUGUACCUGGAAUGGGACUGCAAACUGCACCAGGACAAGGCGCUGAACGCCGUCGCAUUGGCCAAUGAGGUAAAUGCAAAAAACAUACAA